CCAUAAUUCAAAGGUAUCAGUUCUUCUUCAGUCUUCCUUAUUCAUUGUCCAGCUUUCACAUGUAUAUGAGGUAAUUGAAAAUACCAUGGCUUGGAUCAGUCCAAAUACAUCAAUCAAUGAAUACUUUAGUGACUGAAUUAUGCUAAGUGUUGUGGGGGAUUCGAGAGAAACAUAUAAUUCACUAUCUGCCUUUAAGGAGCUAUUAGCAAUGUUGGAUGUGGACCAUUCUGACACCUUAUUCAGGUAUCAUAGAGGUCUACAGUUUCUCAUGAGUGGCCUUUUAGGUGUUGCAGGAGUUCAGGGAAAGAUUCAAUUAAUGGGAAGAAGCAAACCAUUCCUUUGGCAGGUACUUUGCUUUUUCUCUUUAAACCAUCAUAACUGGGAUUGUACAUGCUGAGAACUUUGACAUUAGCAAGACUGGCUGGAUUUCAAAGACUGUGACAAUUUCUAUAACUCUUUAAAUAGGGGCUAUUGGUUCAUUGUUCAGGAACUGCUUGUGUUAUGUUGCUUCACUUGUACUAUAUUAUUCACAAAUUAGUUAUUUCUUUCUUGUCAGUUUUACUCAGUGAUAGGAGAUACUCAUCACAAUACAGAAAAUGACUGGAAUACAUUAUAUUCUUAUUUCAUGAAAAAUAAUGAGGUUGAAUUAGGGAAAAUCACUGAAGAUUAUGAAACUCCAUUAAAGUAAAGAUAGUGCUAACAGCGAUUCCAGAAACAUCCUUCACAUCCACUGGCUUUUGGCUAAUGGACUAUCUUCUCUGUCUGAAAUAGAUCAAGAUGACUGAAAAUGACCCAGAACCACACCUGGAGGAGGAUGUUGAUGAACUGGACGGCAAGCUCAAUUACAAGCCUCCACCUCAGAAGUCCCUGAAAGAGCUACAAGAGAUGGACAAAGAUGAUGAAAGUUUAGCCAAGUACAAGAAAACACUGUUGGGGGAUGGUCCUGUGGUAGCAGACCCAACUGCCCCCAAUGUUACGGUCACCCGGCUAACCCUGGUGUGUGAUAGUGCCCCAGGACCAAUCACAAUGGACCUCACCGGGGAUCUUGAAGCCCUCAAAAAAGAAACCUUUGUGCUAAAGGAAGGUGUUGAAUAUAAAGUCAAAAUUCACUUCAAAGUGAACAAGGAUAUUGUGUCAGGCCUGAAAUACGUUCAGCACACCUACCGGACUGGAAUGAAAGUGGAUAAAGCAGCAUUUAUGGUUGGCAGCUAUGGGCCUCGACCUGAGGAAUAUGAGUUCCUGACUCCAGCUGAGGAGGCUCCGAAGGGCCUGCUGGCCCGGGGCACCUACCACACCAAGUCCUUCUUCACUGAUGACGACAAGCACAACCACCUUACCUGGGAGUGGAACCUGUCCAUUAAGAAGGACUGGACAGAAUGAGACCAUCUGCCCACCCCUUUCCCCACCUUUGCCACCUAGAAGGACCCUUUCAGUCAUGUUUAUCCCCCAUCCCUUCUCACUGUUCACAGCUGGGCUCUGUCCCAAUGCUCCCCAUAUUAUCUUAUUGAAGUAUCGUAUCCCAUUCAGUCUCACAAAGCAGUCCCUAGUACAAGAGGCUUAAAACCCAAGCUUAAACCCUGCCCACUCCCUCUGAUCCCCCACUGGGGUCAGAUCUUCCAAGUUCUCCAUCUCAAAACAUAAUCAUUUAAUGUUCUCCUGUCUUAUUCCCGUUUGAGCAACCAGAGGCCAGGAAAUGGACCAACUCACUAACAAUCCUUUGGCCUAAGGUUCCAGUAGCUCCUUCCCAUCCCUGCAUUCUGUUGUGGUUGCUGCUGGCUCAAGGAAGGUCCCUAAUCAUGUUCUCUUUCAGUUGGGGCUCUCCUUUUGUGGGAGACACUGUAAAAAGCACAACAGAAUAAGAAUAAAACAAAAGCUGUA